CUGGUAUUUGUAGAAGGGUUUUAGGCUUUAUUGAGUGGUGAAAGAUGGCUAUGGCUCCUACUGUGACAGUGGUUCUUGGCUCAAUUGCCUUUGGUUUCUUCUGGGUGUUGGCGGUUUUCCCCGCUUUCCCGUUCCUGCCUGUUGGAAGAGCUGCAGGAUCCCUGCUUGGGGCUAUGCUCAUGGUCAUGUUCAGGGUCAUAACUCCUGAACAAGCAUAUGCUGCUAUUGAUCUUCAGAUCCUUGGUCUUCUCUUUGGGACAAUGGUUGCUAGUAUCUAUCUUGAAAGAGCAGAUAUGUUCAAAUAUUUGGGUAAAUUGCUCUCAUGGAAGAGCCAGGGGGCAAAGGACUUACUUUGUCGAAUCUGCCUGAUUGCUGCCAUUUCCAGUGCUUUUUUCACCAAUGAUACCUCUUGUGUUGUUUUGACCGAGUUCGUGUUAAAAAUUGUCAGGGAACAAAAUCUCCCACCUCAUCCAUUCCUGUUAGCACUUGCCUCAAGUGCAAAUAUUGGUUCAUCAGCCACUCCAAUUGGCAACCCCCAAAACCUGGUCAUAGCUCUUAAGAGUAAUAUCUCUUUUGGAAAGUUCUUAUUCGGGAUUUUCCCUGCAAUGCUCAUGGGAACUUUGGUAAAUACUUUGUUUCUUCUACAUAUGUAUUGGAAGUUGUUAUCUGAUAAGAAGCAUGAAGAAGAUCCUGCUACUGAAGUGGUUGCUGAGCAAGAUGUAAUCUCACUUCAACAUUCACCAGCAACAACGUCACAUGCAUCCUUGAACUCUCAAGAAUUGAGUUCUGAAUUGGAAUCUAUAGACAUUCAGGUCUGUCCAGUGGUCAAUCAUAACACAGGUCCUGUGGAGUCCCAAAGGACCCGUAUGAGUUCAAAUGAGGAUGAAAUCGACAGGGUCCCUAGUGGGGUGCCGCAGUCCUCAAGAAACUCAAAUGCAUCAAAGGAAUGGACAGAUGAAGGAGUUACUUCAAAAAGAUUGGCAUCUGUAAAUGGAUUGCCUGAUGCAAUCUCUACUAAAUAUUUGGAGGAAAAGGAAGUCUCAACGACGAAAUGGAAAGGAAUAUUAUGGAAAACAUGUGUUUAUCUUGUUACUAUUGGUAUGCUUAUUUCAUUUCUUAUUGGUCUGAAUAUGUCAUGGACUGCAAUUACAGCUGCACUUGCUCUUGUGGUUCUUGAUUUUCAGGAUGCCCAGCCAUGCUUAGAAAAGGUCAAAAAUUUCUCCCUGUGA